AUGGACUUGUCUCCUGUAGCUUCUUUGGUCGACACCAAAGUUGACAUGCCCGCCAGCUCCGCCGAGGUUAUCACCAUGCCGAGAGAUGAAGAAAGCUCGACCAUUACUUCACCAGCCAAAAACCGGUCCUACUGCCACGCCCUCAGUGUUGUUGAGGUCACUGAACUGGCUAAGCGACUGGAUCUUACUGGCUCUGUCGGUCAGGAUACUGCGAAAACUGCCGAGAACAGUACGGUUUUUCGAAUGGACGGCAAACAUGCGAUGACAACUACCGAAGUCGACGAUAACUCGAGCGCACAAGACGGAAGGACUUCUAUGUCAGACGGCGAAGCUAGUGGAAAUAAGCAAAACGGUGUUGCUUGCGCUCUCCGCAGCGACUUCGCAACAAAGACCUCUACCAGUACAGCUACCUCGAUUCAAACAACCGAUUCUUUAACCAAAACCGCCUCCGAUUCACAAAAGGCGGUCGUCGAAGACACUGUACCCGUGCCCACGAUCUAUCCGCCCCGUCGCCCCAAUAUCUUCAACAAGAGCGGGAUGAAACGAGCUGCCCGACCUGUCUAUGUGUGGAGUCAGGCAUCCGGUGUACAGGAUUUUGCCAAAGCCGCUGAGACGAUUGACGAUGACGACGGAGAGGGUUUCACCGCGGAAGAUUUGAAGGAGUUCCAGUCAGCGGGAGCAGAAAAGAUGGAGAGGAAGACCCAACGCUUCUUGCAUAUGGUCAAUCAGUAUUCCUGGCGGCCGCGCCGCUUGGAGGAUUUGGGCGAGGCUUUUGCAAUCGAAGACUAG